AAUAACGCGGUACCAGAGUCUAUAAAUAUUUUGAUAUAAUCGCGCGGGACAUUGUGAGUAGUGAAGCUGUGGAAUAAAGACCUUAUAUGAUAGCUAACACAGAAUUGAUGAUGUUUAACUAGACCAACCCUGAUAUAAAUAUCGUUCCUCGGUUCAGCCUGGUUUGUUGGAUUCAGUUUUCUGCAGUAAAAUUUCCGAAGCAGUUCAACCGUUUGUCAGCUGAUUGUGGUCGUUGGGUUUCUAGCUAAAUGGACCAUACGGAGGAUUUAUCUGCUCGGGUCCUGCUAAAACAUAUUCUCAGCACCGAGCCACCGAGGACUCCCAUUACCCGCAGUGCCUCCAAAGCACAGAGUACCACCGGGACUAGGCGCAGGGGGAAAGAUGCAGAUUCCCGCACCCCACAGGACAUCUUGAGGCGCAGCCAGAGACAUAAAAUGCGUGAGAGUAUAAUCAGAAAAUCCCUACCCGCUUCUACAAGGCGUACUGCCUCAGUUGUGCUCAGAAAGAUGGGCACUCCUGCCUCAGCCUCAGUUCUGUUUAGUGAGGGAGAAACACCGAGGCACAUACUCAGGAACAUCCUGCAGACAGAGCCUGUGAAGACCCCUGUGGUUCAUAAGAAAGCUACCUCAGAAGAGCCGCAGCUGCCUUCAGUCAAUUCCAGCAUUACCAGCAAGCGUCCAAGUAUUGAGCUGUCAGCAUUGGAUCUGCCUGACUUAACAACUGGCAAUGUCACAACCACUGCAAAGGGACUGAGCAGAAAGAGACCGCGUCAGAGCUUUAAUGUAACAGCUUUUGAAAAACGGCUUAAAAGGGGAGAUGAUAUUGAAGAGGGAAAUGAAGAAUCAGUAGAUGACCACUCAUCACUCUCUUUGUCAAGUCCCACUGCUCUGGAUCUAAAAACACCCUUUGUGGAUGUUCAGAUUAAAAAUAGGGGUCUGCAGAGAAGGGUUCUCAACCGUCAGAGGAUAACGGAGGAAGAUUUUGGAGCUGCUGUAAAAUGGAGGAAGAUGGGAGAUGGUGAAGAAGGAAAAGAAAAAUCACUAGGCGACUACUCAUCACUUUCUUUGUCAAGUUCUACUUCUCUGAAUCUGAAAACACCCUUUGUGGAUGUUCAGACAGAGAAAAGGGGUCUGCAGAGAAGGGUUCCCGAACGUCAGAGAGUCACAGAGGAAGAAUUUGGUGUUGCUAUAAAACGGAAGCAAACGGGAGAUGGGGGCAGCUUGGCACCUGGGAAGCAGCUUCUUAGUGAGACUACCUACAUAGAGGGCUUCACUUUGGGCCAAAGUAAACUCAGCGAACAUGAUAUCACAACUGAUAUCUUCAACUGUAACACGGCACUCUACGCCCAGCCUGGUGCUGUGGCUUCCAACUUCUCCGCUGUUGCAACACAGGACAAAAUCACAGUGAUGGCUUCUCAACUUCAGAGACAGGUGAAAGAAAUGGAAGCAGAGCAGCACAACCUGGAGAAAGAGAAAGCAGUGUAUGCAUUUCCAUUUGAGGAGGGGGUUGUGAUGGAACCUAAGAAUGAAAAAUGUGUUUCUCAGUCAGAGGAAGAUGUGCAUACAGCUGAAUUUCAGGAGGAGGAUGGGAAGUGUACUGAUGGUCAGAGUGCAGCUCAUCCUCCUCCUGAAGAGGACCCUGCAACCAGGUCUCAGUUGGAGGAAGAAAAUGUUUCAGUAGACUCCCAAACUGAAGAUGAUGAUGGUGGAGUUUAUUCCCAGCCUAAACAAGAUGCUACUGCUGUGUCUCGGCCAGAAAAAAAGGAGGUUGAAUCAGACCCUCAAGCUGAAGACGAAGUUGGAGCCAAAUCUGAAACUGGAGAAGAAGCCCUAGGUGUUGGUGAAGCCAGGUACCAUUCUGAGGAAGAGCAGGAUACACCAGACUCUUCAAGUGAGGAAGAAGCUGUAGCUGACUCUCAUCCUGCAGAAAGUGCUGCUGACUCCCAGUCUGAAGAAGAAGGGAUAACAGACUAUCAAAGUGAUCAAGAGGAUCUUUCAGCCAUUUCCCAAUCUGGGGAAAAUGGUGUGGCUGAGUCUCAGCCUAAAAAUGAGCAUAAUGGGAAGGAGGAAGAGUUGGAACAGGAAUCUGAACAGCUAGAAACGGACUUGGAACACAUCAGUCGAAGGACUCGUUUCUCUGAGGGUAUAUACAUAAUGCAUGUUACAGAGGCAGGAGUGGAUCUGGCAGGGUGGUCUAAUGGCAAGUCCAAAGCACACAACAGCCUGGAAAUGGGAAGUCAUGAGAGCAGUCAGCCUCCUACUGGGGUGUCCGACUUACCUGACUCUUCAGCUCAAGGACCGAAAGAUGAUUCCCAUCCUGUGGCCAAGCCUGAUGCUGAUAAAGAGAACUCCUUUACUCCUCUGGGGGUAAUACAUGAUAUUGAAGAGAACGGGUACCUGAGUGACGCUUUACCUGCAGCAGCUGCUGCUCAGGACCCUGCUGAAGAGGAGGAAGAGUCGGAGACCAAAAGAUGUCAUCUUAAGUUCCCCUGCAAGACACCAGCAUUUGUCAGAGUGAAAAGAAAUUUUUUUCACACUGAUCCUCUGGCCUCAUCUUGUGUCCCUACACAAGCCAGUGGUACAAAGGAACCUUCACCUGCAGCUAAACCGAAGCAGGUCAGACUGAGGAAGAGAGGGCCAGCUAAGAAGGAAGUAAGCCUUCCUAAAAGCUACCUUAUGGGUGCCUUCAAGCACUUUGCCAAAAUGGGGGUCUCUGCAGAUGUUUACCCUGUUCUGAAAGAAGUAAUGGGUCAUUUCUUUAAGCGGGUGGCGGAGGACUUGGAGACGUAUGCAAAUCAUGCAAAGAGAAAAACCAUAGAGGUUGAGGAUGUUGAGCUUCUGUUGAAAAGGCAGGGUUAUGUGAAUGACAAGGUGCCAGUGGAAGUUCUUAUUGAGAAAUAUCUUCGCAUGGAGCAGCGCAAGCUCCUGAUCCCUAUCGCAACCAGUGGAAACGUUGUCUUCCCUAAAAAGCGGAAGUGAAUGUUUUAUGUACAGCUAGACUGUAUAGGUUUUCUUUUUAAUUUGAUGUUAUAUGCUAUAGUAUGAUCUCUGUGUGAGCAUAUAUAUAUGUAUUAUUAACUUCUAAAAUGAAUAAAAGCUGAAAUUAAGUUCUCCUCUUUAUA